AUGUUGAUAAAAUGUAAUAUAGGAAUGACAGAGGUCGAGGAACGCAGAUGUGAGGGUUUUGAAUGCGGUAAACCAGCGAAACUGCGCUGCCCAACAUGUAUCAAAUUGGGCUUGAAGGAUUCGUUUUUCUGUGAUCAGGUGUGCUUCAAGGCAAAUUGGGCCACACACAAAAACCAACACAGCGAUCCGGACGCGCCAUAUAAUCCUUGGCCCAACUAUAAGGCAAGUUUUCCAAUAGUAUUUACUGGAUCAUUACGGCCUGCGAGGGUUACACCAAGGCGGCCUGUGCCACAAUCUAUCCCACGUCCAGACUAUGCUUUACAUCCCCAAGGAGUUUCAUUUGAAGAAAGGCAAGCAAAAAAGAAUAGAGACGUCAAGGUUCUAGACGAUGAGGAAAAAGAAGGUCUACGCGUAGCAUGUCGUCUAGGCAGAGAGGUCCUGAACGAAGCAGCCAAGGCGUGCGCUCCAGGUGUCACCACGGAUGAGAUUGACCGAGUCGUGCACGAAGCAUGCAUUGAAAGAGAUUGCUAUCCAAGUCCGUUGGGAUAUUACAAUUUUCCGAAAAGUUGUUGCACCUCAGUGAAUGAAGUUAUUUGUCACGGUAUUCCGGAUCUCCGUGUGCUAGAGAAUGGUGAUCUGUGUAACGUCGAUGUCACUGUAUAUCAUCGCGGAUUCCACGGCGACUUGAAUGAGACGUUUCUUGUUGGUGACGCUGUAGAUGAAGAGUCACGAAACCUCGUCCGUGUUACUUAUGAAUGUCUGCAGCAGGCCAUAUCAAUAGUCAGACCAGGUGUGAAGUUUCGCGAAAUCGGUAAUGUGAUUCAAAAACAUGCAAAUGCUAAUGGUUUCUCCGUAGUAAAAGCCUAUUGUGGUCAUGGAAUCCAU